AUGUACGUGCGCAUUCACGAAACGUACUCUGGACCCCCCCCUCCUCUCCUCACUCUUCCCCCAGCCCACCUCUUUCUUUUCGCUUCGUCAGCCGCAAUGUCGUUGAGGGGGUCGUGCGUGCGUCUCCAACAGACCGCGCUGGAGGUUUCGACGCUUCACCGACUGCUGCGGCACUGCGCCCGUCACCCUGAGCGCUUCGAGUUGGCGGAAAUGUACAGGCUUGGCAUCCUUCUGAAAGAUUCAAACGACGCACUGGCGUUGAGCUCAAACACGGAGCUCUUGAGGAGCUUGGCGAGCCGGUACGCGCAGAUCCGCGAAAAUGCAUCGCCUUUUCAAAAAUCCUUGUUGGACGCGGUACUGCCUCGCUCGCAGUCUGUGCCGACGGCGGGGAGCAGUGCGACAGGGGCUGGUACAGCGGAGGCGCAGCUAACCACGGAAUCGCCGAGUACGGCAGACAGUGCCCUGCCGGUGACGGCGCAUGAGUACUUCAAGUCGAUCAUGGAACUGGCGAAGGACGCGGAGGCGGAGCACUACCGUGCCGUUGCCCGCGAGGCGCGUGCAUCAUCGCGCGGGCCGCAGCACGACGUGAGCGUGGACGUGCGAGAAGGCGAGUCUCCCAGACGAGGCGCAACCGCAGCGCGUGCACCGUCUCGUAGCGAUGACACGAGCGCAGCGGGCCUCGGCGAAGCGCUCGGAAGUAGCCGCACAGAAGUGUUGGAAGCUCAUCUCACCGCCCUUGAGCCGAACCUUCGCCAACUCUCGCCGGCAGAGACGUGCCACCUCAUCAAAACACUUGCAAAGUUCAACUACACAAACUACGAGCACGCUGUGCUUUUGACGCGUCGCGGAUGUGAAAUCUCUGGGCAACUAAAGCGCCGUGAGCUAUGCCAGCUCUUCUUCAACCUGCAUAAGCUGCACACGCGGGACUCCUUAGUCGCCAUCGUGAACCAUCUUCUCGAGCACACAACGGAGAUGACGGCCGACGACGUGUUUUUGCUGUGUCAGGCGCUCGAACGGCAGGAGAACACGUCGUCGGCGUCGCAGCGCCUCUUGGUAUCGUUGGUGGCGCAGGCCAUCAAGAAACUGCCCGAUGCCCCCUCUGCAGCAUACCAUCGUGCCCUCCUGGUCUCCAUGGCGCGCUACAAUGUGGUUCACCGUGUUACUUUGCAAGUGGUGCUCCGGGACUGGGUGGAGCGCUGGAAGGCGACCACCUCAGAGCGGGAUUUGCUGAAAAUGUUCGAGGCCGCCGCGUCGCUCACGUCGGCCGCGAAGUUGGAGGGAUUGCAGCAGCUGGUGGAGCGUCUCACGGAACUGGCGCCGACGAUGGAUAUGUGCCUGAUGGAUCGUGUCAUGGAUCUUCUAUCCAUGGUACCAAUGGACAUGAGUACCAAGUGCAUGAUGUCGAUCUUGGCGAGGCUCGUUGACGAGGCAGGUCACUUGAGCGUUCGACAAGUCGUCUUCAUCCUGCAGCUGCUCUCCACCUACCCGCCAGCCAAGGGACACACGGCGGUGGUGUCGAUGGCUUACGCGGCGUCCGUUCGUGCCUCUUCCAUGGACACCGAGUCACUUGAGAGUGUCGUCAUAUCGCUCGCCAUGCUGCAGCUCUACACGGAUGACUUCUUCACCAUUGCUCACGUGCUGCAGGCGCAGAAGGGUGGCAUGCGCAGCUUUGCGGCUGUACAGGAGCUGCUGCGGCACUGCACAUCGGAGAUGGCCGCAACCAAGCGUGGUCUCGGUAUGCUGGCCAACGUCAUCUUUACUGUGGCACCGAUGCUGAGUGAUGAAGAGCUUGCCUCGUGUCGCCGCGCGCUGGUCAACUUGGGGGUGCAGGACCGCAACGUUUUGCAGGGCAUCUUUGCAAAGGCUAAGAAGCUUCACCGCGCUCAGUCCACCGGCCACGCACGCAAGAAGCGCCUUGGCAGCUAUGAUCCAAUGGCAGACCUGCUCUGA